AUGCUGGCAAUCAGUAUAUGGUCCGUCUCAGUAUGCCUUGGUGCAUAUGCAGCACCUUCUUCCGAUGCAUCACUGUACCAGAGCAAACUACGGGUGGCAGGUAACAUACGAUCGGCCAUGCUGGCUUCUAUCAGGACUAGUUGGGAGCAAGGAACCGCAGCAGGCGCCAUACUCGAAUUCGACGACCCAAAGUACUCCGUCUUCGGAUCUUCCCCAUUCGUUUCUGAUGGAACAUUCCCCCUCUCGACUCUGCAGCUGGCGUAUAGCGCUGCUGUACGGCAAAGUCCUGACGGUCGCCUCAGUCAGGAAAUUGGUGAUGCACUAGAUGGUGCUGCGUUAGAUGGUGCCUCCGCCGGCUCUGCAGUCCUGUUGGGCAGUUUGACCGAUGGAUCUCGGCAAGACUAUUGGCUGAACGCGGCUAAGGCCCAACUAAAUUUCAUACUCAACGUAGCUCCUCGUACCUCUACUGGAGCUAUUUCCCAUCGUAUCGACACGCGUCAAUAUUGGGCAGAUGGUGUCUAUAUGGGGUUCCCCUUCAUUGCAUACUUUGGGGCAGUCACCAAUAAUGCAACUCUUCUCCAGAUCGCAUAUGAUCAAUGCCGGUUGUACCGUGAUGCUCUGAUUCUAGACGGUCCCACUGGAAAACUCUGGGGACAUAUUUACUCCGACGAUAAUGGAACGUGGAUAGAUGAAGGUAUCUGGGGAACUGGUAAUGCGUGGGCAGCACUUGGCAUGCUGCGCGUUGCUGUGACGAUUCAAAAGUCUGAGCACUCUGCAAGGAUGACGUCACAGAUUACUUGUCUUAUCUCGUGGAUUAAGGAAAUUCUGGACGGCGAGUUUGCUGCCCUGAGAUCAGACGAUUUGAUCCCGAACUAUAUCACCGGGGGUCCGUCCUUUUCUGACGCAGCCUCUUCGGCUGCACUAGCCUCGGUGGCAUAUCGGGUCGCACACCUAUUCCCCCAGGAAUUCGGCACAAACUACACGCAUGUGGCUACGAAAAUACGAGAUGCCGUUGUGGGCAAUAUCACGAACCUCGGUAUCAUGCAGCCAAUUGCGAAUCCCUUGCCAGAUCCCUUUCCAUAUUGGAAUGAAACAGGAUUGCUCAGUACAGAAUCGCAAGCAUUCGGACUGAUGAUGCUUUCGGCUUGGAGAGACUGGAUUGGUGUUUGA